AGCUGAAGUUAAACGUUGUCUUAAAAACAUGGCUGCCGAUAACUUGUCCAGGAUACACGUCAACUUUCGUUUUAGUUUAAGCCAAUAACAGUUUUACAUCUCAAAUGAAGCUGGCUUUGAUACGGCAAUGAGAUAAACAUCGCGACCUCUGUCUGUAGUUCGCAAAGAACCAUGCAGUUAUUCGUCUUUUCUUCGACUGGAACUGGGAUGGCAGUCUUGUUUUUGUUUAUGAUGAAGCUGUCUCUGCUUAUUUACUGUAGAGCCGAGUCCAGUUUCGAUCCCUUCAUGGAUACUAAUUUGUUUUUAAUAAAUUGGGCUGGACCCCUGGAACUCAACAAGGAAGAGGUGGAGUCGCUUGGUGAGCGUCAUGUUAUGAUUACAACAAAUCAUCAGGAAAAGUAUCGCUGUAUUCUGCCGGAAACUAAAAAUCUUCUUGAGGCUGAUGCAGCAUCAUACUCUGGACCGUCAGCAGAUGAGCUUCUUGAGCCACUGAUGCAGGCAACUCAUUGCUCUUACAGGAUUGAGAGUUACUGGACAUAUGAACUGUGUCAUGGGAAACAUUUAAAACAAUAUCAUGAGGCAAAGGAGCAAGGAAUGGCCCCAAAGCUCCAAGAGUACUACUUAGGUUAUGGAAAUCACCGAGAGGAUUUGAAAAAGAAUGAUCCUGAGAAAUUAAAGGAAGACCCUGAGGCCCCAAGGCCAGUGCGAGACUUGGAAGGGACGGAGCUUCCUUAUUUCGAGAUCAUCAUGGAUGGGGGGACUAAAUGUGACCUGACGGGCACUCCAAGGAAAGCCCAUGUGCUUUAUGUCUGCCAGCCUGAAGGUCGUGGAGAAGUGUACGAGUUGAAGGAGAGUUCUACAUGCGAGUAUGAGGUCGUUGUGCUGACUUCUCUGCUUUGCAGUCAUCCAAGUUACAGGCCCAAAACUCCACCUGUGAGUGAGAUUCGCUGUUACUCCAUGCUUGGCUCUCCUUUGAAACCUCGGGAGGUGUAUAAGGUUGACCUGGAAGCCAAUUAUCUGCAACAGUCAGCACAGAAUUUUAAGACUGCCCACCAAGUUCCUGAACCCCGUGAGAGCAGAUUAGUACGGAAGCGAAAAGAUCCUCCAGUGCCAACGGAGCCUAAACUUACCGCUCAGAAACAACCAGAGCACAAGCUGGGGGUGGUCACUGAUAAACAGACUCUGAGGGCCUUUCUGAAUGGGGGCCAUUGCCUUGCCGGGGGCACUGGAUGGUGGAAGCAUGAAGUGUGCUUUGGGAGAUUUGCCAAGCAGUUUCACAUGGAAAAAGGUGUGGAGACAAAAGUGUUCCUGGGGUAUUGGAAUAAAGAAAAGCAUAUUGCCUGGCUGAAAGACAAUCCUUUAAAGAGACCAAAGGAUCCUGAACAGAGAAGGAUGCUCUCCUAUUUUUACACCGGUGGAGAUUGGUGUGAUCUCACCAACAAACCAAGGACUUGUGAAGUUCGUCUCAAAUGUUUGCAAAAUGUGCAGAAUCCACAUGCAGUUGUAUUGUCUCUUGCUGAACCAGUGACGUGCCAAUAUGUUUUAACAGUUGAGUCUGCUUUGUUUUGCCCAGUGCUUAAGGAUGCUGAUGAUAAUGGCUUGUUUGAUUCUAUGGAUCUUUGAUGCAAAAGCUACCAAGUAGAGAAGGAGAUGAGUGUUUGAGUUUCAGAGAGCAUAAUUAUGUUGUUGUUGCUUACUAGUGAGUUAUGGGUGCACACUUGAACAUAAGUUAGUCUGCAUAUAUGUGUGUGUUUGUGUGCAUAUGUGUGUGUGAAUUAAAUUAAUAUUCUCAGUUAUAAAAUAAUAAAUGUGAUACAUUUCAUUUAUAACAGUCCCGUCCCUCUCCCUCAACUCCCUGCCUAAAAGGAAGAGAAUGAAUGUGGUGGGGGUAAGAAAAAAACCCCCAUGUUGUGAUUUUAUUUUGCCGGUUCAAGGAAUGUUUUUUUGAGAUCCUGUAAGUUAGUGUGAGUAAUAGGACAAGUCAGUGAUUAAAAGCUAGUGGAUGUUAUAGUGUUUUAUGGUGUUGGAUAUUUUUCACCCUUUCAUUUGUUGUGACUAUACCUUAUGAUUCAGACUUCCCGAAUCGGUGCCAUUGUUUAUGCAUUGUUGAAUGAUAACUCUGUACUCAGCUAAAGCUUCCAAAUAUUGUCUGCACUAGCGUGCAAUAGUGGACUGACUGGGAGAGCUAAAUUUUGCCCCUGAUGUUGCCUCACCUUAUCAUUAUCAGUGUAUGCUGACAUCGGCACUUAAUUUUCUUUGAAAGGCAUCUUAGUUUCCUUAGAGUUCAACUUUAUUUUUACGACAGAUAUUAGCUGCAGUUACGUCUUCUGAUUGGUUAUUUGAAGUGAUCUCUCCCUCCCCCCCCCAAGUUAAUUUUCUGAUUCAUAAGUUCUAUUUCUACUUUGAAAAUGGCAACCUUCCUAAUUGAGUGUUUUAUUUCAAGUGACCACACAUGUGAAUAUGAGGGAUGAAACAGAAGUUUCAGGGGAUCACUGGAUGCUUCUUCUUUUGAUAUUGUAGCUGUUGUUGAACCAGGUGUGUGCUGUAAGGCUCUUCCAAAACACCAAGUGUAUGUGCCUUCCGUACUUGCAACUAAAGACACCGUAAGUCCUACUUUAUCAUUGUGUGUGAGUGUGUCAUGGGUGAAUUGUUUUGUAAGGUACCCUGGAAAACUGUACAGUCAUCUUUUUCUCAUCAUGUUUGAAUAUAAUGUGUCGGGAGGCGGUGGAAUUGGGCGCUCGUUAAUUUUGGGGCAUAUGAGCUAUUGGUAUUGCCUUAAAACUUGUCCAUUUGUCUUGCUUUUGAUGAAAAAAAUACCCCUCUAUCUUAAAUAGAAGUUAAGAUAUUUCAGAAUGAAGGAGAAGGGGGGCACCUGGUUUCAGGGGUAAAAUUAGCGAGAAAAUGGCCGCCAAAGUUUGCAAAGUUCUUGGAAACUGUAAAGUUACAUUUUCUUUGCCUUUAAUCUAUGUUUUUCUGUAAAAUCCACACAGAAAUGUGUUUUUAAAUGGACAUGACAAAAGGUGUUCAGCGAAAAAAUUAAAAUUCAGUAAAAAUUGCCGAACAAGAAGAGUAAUGCCAGGGUUUUUUUCGAUUACAUUAUUUUGACGAGCGCCUGAUUUCACCAGGAAUCCUCACAUAUUAUUUUGGCCCUUGUGUAUGUGUGUAUCAGUAUUUAUGCGGGUUGUGCUUGUCUACUGAUAGUCACGUAAUGUAUGUAAAAUUUUCUGUGGAUCCUACAUUGUCAUGAAAUUCUAUUCUUCAGCAACAGUUGGUGAUAUAUCUACUGCUCAGUUUAAGACUCCGCCAUACGUCAUGGAAAAGGAAAAACGAUGUAUGAAGGAGUCUACACUGAGCAGUCGAUAUGUUAUUGUACGGUCUGAACCUUCUUUUCAUGAUAACUAUUCACCCAAUCUUGUCCUGGUAAAAUGUGCUGGUUAUAGUAGAGACUCUCCCUUAACCUUUACCGUACGCUGUGUACAAAAAAUGGUACAGAGUGUUUUAAAUUUAAUUUCAUUCCGUUACGGCUAGCUUCACGUUUAUGAGCAGCUGAGAAUGCCUAAAAUACUCAAUUUUCGACAUAGAAACAAUGGCCAUUAGAAGUUUCGAUCUCAAGUUUUAAAAUUGAUUACCGUUUUCUGUCCUACCCCCUAUUCGUACGCCGUGUACCAAUAAUGGCACACACUGAAAAAAACUGCAGACCCUAGACCAACACACACACAAAGCAAGCACGCUGGAUUACAACAAUGCGAGUUCUACUUUUAGCACGCACAUGUGUUGCUAUCCGAGGGUCUGUUCUCGCUGUAUUCUGUAUGUUUGUGCCAAUUGCACAUUUUUAAUUUUUUUAAAGUACACUUAACUCUCUCUUUCUCCCUCUCCUCCACCUCCCACCUCUCCUCUCUCUCUCUCUCUCAGUCAAAGAUGUAAGAAAAUCCCAGUUUCUGUUAAAUCCCUGCUUCUCAGAUUUUGAUAAUUUUCGUAUGUUUGUCAAGGAGCUAUGUGAUUGGCUAAACUGAUUGUGUUCUUAAAUUUAAUCCAAGUCACCUGUGAAAAUCUCAAGAGCAAGUGCAUAUAUCUAUAGUCACCAUCCUUUAGUUAUGCGCCAUGUCUGUUACUGUUAUAAAAGUACGGGUAACCUUCACGUGACUGAAUAACGCAAGAAAAUGCAUCAAAUCAUCACCUAAGUGACAGUAUUUUCUACCAUGUAGUUGAUAUUAAAUAUAAUGAAGCUCUUGGCAGUAGUGCACUGUACUGACAUGGGGCAUAGCUGAAGGAAACAUGUUGUGUUACUUAUGUUGUCUGCACCUUUUAAUUUUAAUCUUCACUUGCCUUGUUGAGAUCAUGUAAUGUUUUGUCAAAGAUUGAAUACCAUUGAGACAGGUAAUUCUAUUUGAAAUUCAAAAGAAAAUAUCUGAUCUACAACUGCUCUUGAGUUUAUCUCUUUAUUAUUGUGGGUGUAGGAUACUGUUAUUAGCGUUCGACAUAUUUUGAAUACAUUUUUAUAAUAAGGCAUAAAGAUUGUUCUUAAAAGAACUCAAUUUGAGAAACAAAAUUAAAGUGUCUUUGUUAACGUCAGUGGCAACAUAUCUAUGCUAAUAAUAGGCAAAGAUGGCAGACAAUGCGACUUUUAGAAAAUUUUGUACGCUAUUUUCAGGAAGUGAAAUUUUGUAUGCAGUUGUUGGUAUAGAUCGAGUCAUAUUGCUGCUUGAUACCUCAGAUUAUGCAAUUUUAGGUUUAGUAAAACUGUGCUGUGUUUUGCUUGCAUUAUAAUGUAAGAAGGAAAAAUGCUUCACUCUUCUACUUAUUAUUGCCCUGAGGUUUCAUUUUCUAGAACAAUUUUCCCUUCAAGAGUGAAUGAGACACACAAAGAGAAAUAUUUAGUGAUCUUCCAUUGCAUAUAUUUGACAUGGUAAAAUAAAUGAAAAAAAAAUUAACAAUGCACUCUGUCCUCAAUUUGUGUCUUUUUAUUCUUUGUUAUUUCAUACGCCCUUUUUUUCUUUUUUCUUGGAUACUUAAAAAUAAAAAUUUAUCUUAAGAAA